AUGAAUGGCUACGGUUCACCCUACCUCUACAUGGGGGGCCCGGUCUCCCAGCCAAGAGCGCCCCUCCAGAGGACGCCCAAGUGUGCCCGUUGCAGGAACCACGGGGUGCUUUCCUGGCUAAAAGGUCACAAGCGCUACUGCCGGUUUAAGGACUGUACUUGCGAGAAAUGCAUUCUUAUCAUCGAGCGCCAGCGGGUUAUGGCGGCCCAGGUCGCGCUACGGCGGCAGCAGGCGAACGAGAGCUUGGAGAGUCUCAUUCCAGAGUCGCUGAGAGCGCUACCAGGCAUCGCCGUUGGAACUGGAGGCGGCGAGGCCGCCCAGACCGCACCGCCACGAACCAGCAACAUUGACUUGCGAUGGACAGCCGACCCAAUUACCCCACAACUACCACAGGAGCUGAGUGAGGAUCUAUCUGCUGAGCAGUCCGGAGGAGAGAACAGCGGCAGCGCCAGUGAUCGGGAGCAGGAACCCGCUAGCUCCCCUGAGGAGCCCAAACCCAGUUCCUGCUACACGCCCGACACCCCUGAGCCCCCUCCCCACCCCGAGGAGCCCCGCUAUGCACUGCCCAAGGCCUGUGUCGACCCCGAGCCAAAGACUGACAGUCCCAAGUUUCCCUCCGAACCAAACCUCCUAAUCGAGGGCCUCUCAGGCUCUGUAUCCCUCCCCUUCAACUUGCGGGCCAACCGCCCACCCCUGGAAGUGCUGAAGAAGAUCUUUCCCACCCACAAGCCAGCUGUGCUGGAGCUGAUCCUUCGGGGCUGUGGUGGAGACCUGGUGGGUGCUAUUGAGGUCCUCCUCUCCAGUCGCCCUGCCACAAAGGUGGACAAGACCUCACCUGACACCUCUGAAGCCCUGGUCCUGCCCUCUAAUGGGCACCUUUUUGAGCACCCGCUCACCUCAUACCCAGUCUCCUCCUCCAAAUGGUCGGUGGGCUCAGCCUUCCGUGUGCCCGACUCGCUGCGCUUCUCGCCUGAAUCACCUGGAGGUGUGGUGCCGGGUCCACUGGGCAUGCCACUGCAGCCCAGCUUCCCCCAGUCGCCCCGCUACCCAUUGAUGCUGCGCAACUCACUGAGCCGCAGCCAGGCGGGCCCCUUUGUGCACAAUGAUGUGACUCUGUGGAAUACCAUGACCCUGCAGCAGCAGUACCAGCUCCGCUCGCAAUACAUUUCACCCUUCUCUGGCCCCUCGCCCGGGGUAUUCCGCACCUCGCCACUCCUAACGUCCAGGGCAGCACAAGAGGAGCACCGGCUCAGCAUGCAGGAGGAUGGCUGCCCAGUCGUGGCUAAACAGACGAUAUAUGCACCCGAUGAGGAGUAUGAUGAGAGGUCUGACUCCUCGGACUCCAGAAUCCUUAGUACGUCCGCCUAA